AUGAUUGUAUCAAAUUCAUUACGACAAGAAGUAGUAAACGAAUUGGAAUUCCUCCAAUCGAUGGGUACAAAAAUAUUUCUCUACCCAUUCAUUGGGAAAAAAUUUCCAGAAAUGAUCGGAUACUUCAUAACUUAUAUCCUUGUGCUCUGUACUGCUGUUCAAUUGGCGCUUACGCUAUUUUCAUUUAGUACCAAAGAUUGGCUAGAGAUCAUUAAUGUGGCUCCGAAUUUAGGUGUAGUCAUCAUGACCGUUAUAAAAUACACGAAAAUUCAAAUACACAAAGAACUUUAUGACGAAAUAUUCAACCAUUUUCGUGAUGAUAUGUGGAAUAUUGUUGGACAAAAUUCGACGGAACACAAACGCAUUAUCAAGAAGUAUAAAUGGAUAACGGUGAUGAUCAAUCGAUUUUUGUUGUACUACUCCAUACUUUUGACAAUAGUUGUCAAUUCUUUUCCAUAUUUGGUAAUGUUAUAUGAGAGUAAAGCGAAUGGUGUGACUGGUGAAUAUUUAUAUCCUUUUGACGGAUGGUAUCCCUUUGACAAAGUGAAAUGGUACACCGUUGCUUAUAUCUGGGAAAGUUGCAUGACGGCCGUCGUUGUAUGCGUGUAUGGGUUUUCAAAUAUGAUACAUGCGUCCUACAUUAUAUUUAUUUGUAUGGAGCUAAGAAUACUUGGAAAUUGCUUAGAAGAAAUAUUAAGUCCAGAAAAUAUUGUUGAUAUAUCCGAAGGACUUAACGUUGACCUAAUACAUAGCUCGGUUACAAGAAAGUUAAAAAUCAUAAUAGCAAAACAUGAGUUUCUAGCAAAAAGAUCGGCUAAGCUCAACGCAGCUUUGGGAGAUGCAAUGCUUCUAAACUAUUCCCUGGGAGCUGUAUUCAUUUGUUUAACGGCUUUCACAUUCAUGGUUGUUGAUAACUUGUACAAAUCUGUACGGUAUUUUUUUAUGUUCGCUUCACUGCUUGUUGAAAUAUUUAAUCAAUGUUUCAUUGGACAAGUCUUAAGUGAUCAUAGCGAAAACUUAACAAAUGAUGUAUAUUUUUCCAACUGGCCGAAUGCAAGCCCUGAAGCGAAAAAAAUCAUGCUUAUGCUUAUGAUGAGGACUCAAAAACCUUUUAAAUUGUCUGGGAACGGAUAUUUUGAUAUGAAUAUGGACACAUUUGGCAGUAUUUGCAGCACGUCAUAUCAACUAUUUAAUUUGCUAAGGACUAUUUAUCUUUAA